AUGGUUGUGAUGACCAUGACAGCGGUGGACUACGACGACCCGAGCGAGGGUACGAACGCCAAACUGAUCUACUCGAUCGAGAAGAACGUGAUCGAGGAGGAGACUGGCUCGCCAAUAUUUGAAAUCGAAUCGGAAACCGGCGUGAUAAAGACGGCGGUAUGCUGCUUGGACAGGGAACGUACACCGGAUUAUUCGAUACAGGUGGUAGCGAUGGAUGGAGGGGGGUUAAAGGGUGAGUUGAAAAUCAAAAAACGACGAUCCAUGGCCCGAGAGAGAGUGUUUUCACACGUUGUUCACGUGACGAUCGUUCGCCAAUAUUUAGGGACAGGGACGGCGUCUAUACGAGUGAAAGAUAUAAACGACAUGCCGCCCCAAUUUACGAAGGAGGAGUGGUUCACCGAGGUGGAUGAAACGGAAGGUCCAGAUCUGCCGGAAAUGCCGAUUCUCACGGUCACCGUGCACGACGAGGACGAGACGAACAAAUUCCAGUACAAGGUGAUUGAGAGUAGCGGUUACGGUGCUGAUAAAUUCACCAUGGUGAGGAACAACGAUGGCACCGGCUCGUUGAAGAUCGUGCAGUCGCUGGACUACGAGGACCAAUUGCAGAGCAACGGUUUCAGAUUUAGGAUACAAGUGAACGAUAAGGUAGCCAGAGAAUGGAAAAUUACAAAUCUCUGUGGCGAGGACAACGACAACGACAAGUACCACGUCGCGUAUUCGUGGGUGGUCGUGAAGCUGCGCGAUAUAAAUGAUAAUCAGCCCCAAUUCGAGAAGGCGAAUAUCGAGGCCACGGUGCCGGAGAAUGCUCGCAUUGGUAGCAGCCUGCAGACGUUCACGGCCACAGAUCCCGAUCAGGGUGGCAAGAGCAAGGUGUUCUACUCGAUCGAUAGGAGUUCCGAUCGCAAGAGGCAAUUCUCCAUCAACGAGAAUGGCACGGUGUCCAUUCAAAGGAGCCUCGACCGCGAGGAGACUCCCAGGCAUCAGGUGAAAAUUUUGGCCAUCGACGAUGGAAUCCCGCCGAAGACAGCAACGGCCACGUUGACGGUGAUCGUGCACGACAUAAACGACAAUCCGCCGCGAUUCUUGAAGGACUACAGGCCAGUGUUGCAGGAACACUCGCAGCAGAAGAAAGUAGUGGAGAUCUCGGCGACGGACGACGACGAUCGAUCAAAGAGCAACGGGCCGCCGUUCACUUUCAGAAUGGACCCGAAGGCCGACGACGUGAUUCGUGCCAGUUUCAAAGUCGAGAGCGAUAACAAGGGAGCGAACGGUGAUGGCAUGGCCAUUGUUUCGUCGUUACUGUCGUUCAAUAGAGAACAACAAAAGGAAUACUUGAUACCGAUCGUCAUCAAGGACACGGGCACCCCGUCGAUGUCUGGGACCAGUACCUUAACGGUUAUUAUCGGCGAUAUCAACGACAACAAAAUGCAGCCUGGCUCGAAGGACAUUUUU